GCUGGGCCUGUGCUGACACCGAGGCUCGCGCUGCGCCCAUGACAGGCGAAGACACACCACACGGAGCUGAGGCCCGCGGCCGCCAAAGGCUCUCGCCGUCUUUGCAGAUACCCAAGAACAGAAGCACCGGAAAUCUCGGGACUGUAGGGACUGGGGGCGACAACUCUGAAAAGGCUCGCAUCCGCUUCUCGUUCGAUGCCGGCGCCUCGGCCGUCGAGUACGACACAAUGUCAAGGUCAGCUUUUCCUAGAAAAGCAAGAGGGGUGGCGGUUGAUUGCAGGACGGGAUAGCUGUGUUGCUUUGACCCUCUAAUGUGGUCAAACAAGUCCGGUCACGCACUGAUUCGUCUCUGGUCACUGACAUGUGCUAUCCGUCACAGGAGCUCCAUCGUGACCGACCACGACCACGGCUUGGGAAUGUCCGGACUUCGACGCAUACGCCAGCAACCUAAUGCAAUGAGGACCCCCACGAUGCCGUCAGUCUCAAGUAGAAACCCGUCACUCACCGAUUUGUCUCGGUCAACAUCUGCCUCCGCCAGUAUGUUCCUUGACCACCACUCGACCCCGGUGUCCCCGUGUCCUAUCUCUCCCACCUUUACCGAAGACCUCUCCCGUUUUCCGUCCGAAUCGCUCCAUUCGUUUUCAUUCGCACAUCAAUCCGAAGACUUGAUACACAACCGACAAAACGUCCUGAAACGAUCAAUGGAGUUCAUGAGAGACAGAAUGGCGUGGUCGCUCGCGGCUAACGCGGGGAUAACGAGCGCGCAGGCACGGGUGACGGGUGACGUCGAGGCCCAAAAUAUGCUGGAUUUGUUGACGAAGGCACAGCUGGUCGGCGCUGGGAAUCUCCCCAACGGCGGCCGCAGUAUCCUUACCGGGCCAUUGACCGGGCCAGCAACGACAUCAAAUGCAAACGUGUUCGACAGGGGCUUCGCUCUGAGGACCGAAAGCCCCGAGCCUAUGGAUAGGACGCCACUCACGUCUCCGACCGCUUCAACACGCCCCCCCGUGGUCAUUGAGAUACCGGCCCCUCACCAGGAAACAUCGGUUCCAACCUCAGACUCGCGGUCGCAACCCCCAUCCAGCGAGAGUACGGGGUCUGAGAGCUCGUCAAGGACGCCGACGAAUGAGAGUGGUGCGAGUGGUACUACGGCCAAGACAUCACCGCCGCCGUCAAGACGUCCUAGCAUUCUGAAGCGAACCAUGACGGACACAGACAUAAUGCAGGCAUCGGUACAGCAAAAGCUCAUCGAUGUCAUGGCGCAACCGUUCCACGCUGCCGAGCCGCAGACGCAGACGCAGCCUCAGCGCCGGCCAUCACAACCCUUCGGUCCUGCGGUACAUCCGCCACCCGGCACAAGCCCCGCCGUACACAAUCACCCGACGAGGUGGGUGCCUGCUGCCCAAGCAAUCUUUACCACCGAGUCGAAACCGCCAUGGACGAUUAUUGCUGCCAAUGAUCUUGCUUGCCUGCUGUUCGGCGUCACCGCCGCCGAGGUUAGGAAAAUGGGCAUAUUGGAGGUGGUACAGGAAGAGAGGAGGGCAUGGCUCGUUGGGAGAUUGCAGAAGGGCAACCACGAGCAUGCCGGAGAUGGUUCCGAGAGCGAGAUCGCCCAGCCGGUGCCUGCCGUACAGACGUCUACGCUCCUUGGCUCACGCGGUGGUGGGAUCACGGCAAAGCUGCUGAGCAAGCCAAAUUCGAGAUCGCAGACACCCAAGGCUGCGAGACGACCAGCCACCAUCCACAGUGGCGAUCCGAAACCUCCAACACCAGGGCAGGGUCACCGUCAGAGCAGCAAAUCCAGGGGUGUACUGCUCUGCGGCGACGUUGUCCCAAUUCAAAAACGCAACGGCGCCACGGGCUCUGCUAGUUUUUGGGUCAUUGAAAAGCGGGUGGGCCUGAUCUGGGUGUUGGAAGAGAUCCACGAGGAUGUCUCGUACAUCGACGUCGAUGAGGAUGGAGCAGUCCUCAAGCUCUCUGGUGCUUUAGGUCCCAUCUGGGGGAACGAAAGUCUACAGCCAGGCCAAGACAUCGGCUUAUUGAUACCCCGAAUCCCACGGCAAGGCAUUGACCCACGCUUCGGUGAAAUCGACUAUCACGAGAUCGCGAGGCGGAAGUACUACACGUGUCGUAACUGCGACCGGGUCAGCAUCCCGGCGACGGUGGAACAAGUCAGGGGAACCACCCAACUGCGCGUGUCGAGCUUGCCGCAUAUUGCCGGCAUUAUCGUGGUCUGCCCUCAAGACCUCACAAUAAAGAGCUCCAACUCGGUAUUCUGCGGUGCACUUUUUGGCCACCAGAAGCCGGACGGCAUUUCGAUUAACCAACUGGUGCCAAAUUUUGACAAGAUACUGCGCGUCCUCACUGAGCGAGAGGGCGUCGAUCUGACCGAUGGUAUCAUAAUUCCCGAGCACUCGUUCCGAAAGGCGUCGGCGUGUUUGGCACUCGAGGAGGGACAGCCGGAUGCUGCUGCAGGAUUCCUUCGUCCGGACAGUCUUCCGGCCCGCCACCGGGACGGAUCUCAACUCCGAAUUGACAUUCAGAUGCGGGUAGUAAAGAGCGAAAAGCAAGUCGUGACGAACAAUGAGGCUGUUGUCGAGAACAACGAUGUUGAGUCACCAAAGGGUGAGGCGAACGAUAUGUUUGUUCUGGCUCAAACAGAGAUGGUGUAUGCUCUUUGGAUUACUUAUUCACGGCACCUCCACGCUUCGCGGACAAACGUGGGCGCGUCAUCGCCAUCGUUUUCUGGCACCGCAACACCCCUGCAUCAACCGUCACCAGGCCAAACGCCGGCCCACACCCCGCUGGAUAUGCAAUCCGAUUCGGACGAAUCGCAGAAAGGGGAAACAAAGACUUCGUCAUUGGCACGGCAGUUGAAGUCGGUCGCCAUCACCGCCGCGGCCAAGCUUACCGGCUCACAGCGGGCUUCCGAGUCUCAGAAGGACCAGGCCAGCUCGUCCAAGUCGGCAGAGCCAGCACAAAAGAAGUCGAUUGAUGAUUUCACCAUCAUCGAGGAGAUGGGCCAGGGCGCCUACGGGCAGGUCAAGCUGGCGAGAUACCGCAGUACCGGCAAGAAGUGCGUGCUGAAGUAUGUUACCAAGCGACGCAUCCUCGUCGACACGUGGACGCGUGACCGCAGGCUAGGCACCGUCCCGCUCGAGAUCCACGUGCUGGACUACCUACGGCGGGGCGAGCUGCGACACCCCAACAUCGUCGAGAUGGAUGACUUCUUCGAGGACGAGGUCAAUUACUACAUCGAGAUGGCGCCCCACGGCCUGCCCGGCAUGGACCUGUUCGACUACAUCGAGUUGCGCACCAACAUGGACGAGCAGGAGAUCCGCAGCAUCUUCGUGCAGGUCGCCCGCGCCGUCCACCACCUACACACCAAGGCACAGGUGGUACACCGCGACAUCAAGGACGAAAACGUCAUCCUGGACGGCGAGGGUCACAUCAAACUAAUCGAUUUCGGGAGCGCCGCGUACAUCAAGAGCGGUCCCUUUGACGUGUUUGUAGGCACCAUCGAUUACGCAGCGCCCGAAGUCCUCGCGGGCCGGCCGUACGGCGGCAAGGAGCAGGACGUCUGGGCCCUCGGCAUCCUGCUGUACACCAUCACCUACAAGGAGAACCCCUUCUACAGCAUCGACGAGAUCAUGGACCGCGACCUCCGCGUCCCUUACACCGUCAGCGACGAGAGCAUCGACCUGAUCCGCAAGAUGCUCGACCGCAACAUCGAGGAGCGGUACACCAUUGAUCAGGUCUUGGAGCAUCCGUGGUGCCGGAUGGAGUGAGUUGAGUGGGUUGGUGGUGGUGUGGUGGUGGUGUCUGUUUGGGGGUGAGGCUGGGGGGUGUGGCGGGCGUUCCCACCCCCCGGCGAAGUGAGACUGGGGAGCUGGUGAUGAGGGCACUUUUUAGG